GUCUUACUUUAUGAUCUUCGGUCGAGUAAUCCAUUAAUAAUGAAGGAUCACCAAUACGGUCUACCAAUCAAAUCCAUCCAGUUCCACAAUGCAUUGGAUCUGAUUAUCUCUGCUGACUCACGAAUUAUAAAACUAUGGAACCAGGACACGGAAUGCUGUUCACAGCCAAUGAAGCCCCUAAAAUGAACAUCUACUACAUUCCAGUUUUAGGUCCCGCUCCAAAGUGGUGUUCGUUUCUUGAUAACCUAACAGAAGAGCUAGAGGAGAACCCGGAGACCACAGUUUAUGAUGACUAUAAAUUUGUAACAAGAAAAGAUCUUGAAAACCUUGGGCUUGCUCAUCUUAUAGGAUCACCCCUUCUUCGCGCGUACAUGCAUGGCUUCUUCAUGGACAUACGAUUGUAUCAUAAGGUUAAAACGAUGGUAAAUCCUUUCGCCUAUGAGGAAUACAGAAGGGAGAAAAUUAGACAGAAAAUAGAAGAAACACGGGCACAAAGAGUGCAGCUAAAGAAACUUCCCAAAGUUAAUAAAGAACUUGCACUGAAGCUGAUUGAGGAGGGGGAAGAGGAACUACAAAAUGCUCGGAAGAAGAAACAGAAGAAAAUGCCUAACAUCCUUAGAGAUGACCGCUUCAAAGUCAUGUUUGAGAAUCCUGAUUUCCAGGUGGACGAGAAGAGCGAAGAAUUUAGGCUGCUGAAUCCACUUGUUUCCAAAAUGAGCGAGAAAAGAAAGAAGAAGUUAAAGAUGUUAGAAUACCAAGAAGCUUUGGGAGAGGAAGAAGAGGAAGAGCCAGAAGGAAAACCAAGUGAUGCAGAAAGUUCGGAGUCCUCAGAUGAUGAAAAAGGAUGGGUUGAAGAGGUCAGGAAACAGCGCAGCCUUCUACGCCAAGAGGAAAAAGUGAAACGCCAGGAAAGGUUCAAGGAGGAUCAGAAAACAGUCCUGGAACCAAAGUUUUUUGAGAUUAAAGCUGGGGAAGAAUUUAGAAGUUUCCAAGACACUGCCCAGAAGCAAAAGUUAAUGAAAAAGUCACUUGGAGAUCGCUUGCAACUUGAAGAGAGAGUUGGUGCACUUAGUGUACAGGAUACCACUGUAGGAAGUAAACAAGUUACUUUUAAGUUAAAAAAGUCUGAGCACCAUAAAAAGCAGCAAGAAGCAGAGAAACUCCAUCACGAAGAGAGGAGAAAACUCCGACGAUCCGCUGGCCAUCUCAAAAGCAAACCGGGAAACAGGCGGCGUUUCCAUUGAUGGAGAACUUUUGGCUCCUUUCCUUUUGGGGACUCAGAAAUUUGUUUUAACAGUGGAUUGUUCUCCACUGUGACAGAAGAAGAUGAUCCAAAGCCCAAUUAUGUUAUGGGAAAAGCAUCAUGGAUGUCCUGUUUGCACCAGACGUAUUACUGAAAUGCUUCUGAAGAGAAAGCAGCUGGUUAUUGUAUAACCUUUGUGCGUGGUGGCUGAUAGGUAUACAUUCUAUGUGAACAUGAAUAAACAUGUAUAGUAUUGUGAUAC